CGGCUGCGCUGCCUUCCGGGCUCUGAUUUCCUGCUCCAGCAGUACGAACACAUCGGGAUACAGAACAGUGGUAGCAACUUCUAGGGCUCUCUUGGAAAAUGAGUUUAUGUUCAUAAGGAUUAAAUGAUUGAAAACAUCGCUCGUGGAAGCCGAAACAUUGGACUGUCUACAAAAUCGCUGUGUUUUUAAAGGGGUACCCUUGUGAAAUCCUACAAAAAAAAAAUAACAAUGGCACAGUGUGUAUGGCCGGAGCCCCUGACAGCUCCACAGCUGAAGCGACUGGAGGAACAUAAAUACAGCUCUUCGGGUCGAUCCAUGUUCGAGCCGCCGCUGCAGAUCUACUGGAAUUGGCUGGUUGAACAGAUACCAACCUGGGUAGCUCCCAAUACCCUCACUAUAAUUGGACUUCUUAUUAAUGUCGCCACUACACUUAUCCUAAUGUGCUACUGUCCCUCUGCCAGAGAGGAGGCGCCAGGAUGGGCAUUCCUGUUAAGUGCAUUCGGUCUUUUCAUCUACCAGUCCUUGGACGCCAUCGACGGAAAGCAGGCUCGAAGAACAAACAGCAGCUCUCCACUUGGGGAACUGUUUGAUCACGGCUGUGACGCUGUCUCAACAGUUUUUGUUGCUAUAGGAACGUGUAUAGCUGUGCGCAUGGGAACCGAUUCUAACUGGAUGUUCUUCUGUGGUUUUAUUGGCAUGUUCAUGUUUUACUGCGCGCACUGGCAGACGUAUGUUUCUGGAACACUGAGGUUUGGAUUAAUUGAUGUGACAGAAGUCCAGGUCUCCAUUACAAUCAUGUAUCUGAUGACAGCCUUUGGAGGAACUGGCUUGUGGGAUUACAGGCUUCCAGUACUAGGAUGGAAACUCCAAACCUUUCCACUACUUGGCAUAAUAGGUGGAGCGCUGUUUUCCUGUUCUAAUUACUUCCAAGUCAUUUUAAGUGGAGGUGUGGGAAAGAAUGGGUCCACAGUAGCAGACACCAGUGUGCUUUCCCCAGGCACUCACAUAGGUCUUAUCUUAACAAUGGCUGUCAUGAUCUUCAAGAAAUCUUCCAGCCAGCUUUUUGAAAACCACUCCUGCCUGUACAUCUUAACAUUUGGAUGUGUAUUUGCCAAGAUUGCCAAUAAACUUGUUGUGGCACAUAUGGCAAAAAGUGAGCUCCAUCUACAGGAUACAGCAUUCAUUGGACCAGGGCUGCUGUUUUUGAACCAGUACUUCAAUAGUUUUAUUGAUGAAUACUUUGUUCUUUGGAUAGCGAUGCUCAUCUCUCUGGUUGAUCUGGUGAGAUACUGCAGUGGCGUAUGCAUACAAAUUGCAUCGCAUCUUCAGAUUCAAGUCUUCAGAAUCACGCCUCAAGUUUCUGAGCAGGUUCAAAACCACCAUGACUGACUAAUAGCCCAAGAGGAGGAGGAGAUUAUUUCACAGGGACACCUUUUAAAUACAGCAGGCCCAGAUGCAGUCCAAGAAGAUCUCCAAAAUGAAAAACUAAUACAUUUUGACACUGUAAUCCAAUAUUAAAUAAAUACAAUAAUAAUUUAAAAGACUUCUAUUUUCACUGGACUGCCAAAAAAAAAAAAAAAAAAAAAUUCCACGAGAUGGUUUUCAAUCAUAUCUGAAAGGUACCUUUCUGACAAAUAUUUUAUAAUUUGUUUAUGUAUGUUUAAUACUGGCUCUAUAUUUAUAUCAAUUGCAGUCUGCAUUCAAAAACUGAUUUUAAGAAACAUUCUUAUUAAUUUGCCAUCCAUUACAUUUAAAUCAGGCCAAAAUAACAAAGAAAUAGAAUGGUAUAAAAUCAUAUUCUUUAAAGAUUGAUUUAAACCAAUGAGAACCAUUUUGAUUGAGAUUCACACAAUAAGCAAUAUGCAUCUUCAAGGACUGCAAGUACUUUUUUUUUUUUUUUUUUUUUUUUUUUUUUU